AUAAAUAAAAUUGCAGGCUAUUGUGAAACCAAAUGAGACAAAUCACAGCAGCCUUGAAAGUCGCGUGAAUUUGCAGGCAAACAGUGUUUUGAAAGUUGAAAUCCCCUCAGAAUAGCCAAAACUCAAAGCAGGAGCCAACAGGGAACCAAACCAAACGAACAGAGUCUUUGUUUCUUUCAACUCUCUUCUUCUUCUUCUUCUUCUUCUUCUUUCUCUUUCACAACUAUUUUAUUUGUUGAUUCCACACGCAAUUCCUAUUUGACAAACCCAAAAAACAAAAACCUUGUCUUCAAAGCCUCCUAAGUACGAAGUGAUUUACUUCAUUUCUAAUUCCUUGUUCUUCUCCCUGCUGGGCUGCUGCCUGCUAUAUGCAUUCAACAAAGCUUGUUUGCCGUGUAACAGGACAAUUCAUAUAAAUAUCUCUCUGUUUCUGCCAUCUUUCUAUUAUACUUACUGCUACAGCUUUCUUUUCUUUUCUCCAUCUUUUUCUAGAGAAAAAAAAAAAAAGGACAGCUUCCCCAAGGCAAAGAAACUCAGACCACAUGUGCUUCUCUCUCUUUUAAAAAGCUGGGGUUCUAGUUCCCAAGCUGGCCAACCAUACUUGGAAUGGAAACCAAGCUCCUUUCUCUCUCUCUUUGUUGUUGGGUUGAGUAGUGAAAACUACAAGGCUAAGCCCAGCAAAAAAAGCUGAUCAAACAGGAGCAUAGAAAGCGAGCUUAUUUAUUUAUUUAUUUUUUUAAAUUGGGUUUUGAACAUAAGAAAUGGUGCACCAUCAGCGUUAUAAUCAGUUGAAAAAGGGUGGAGAUGACGAGGCAGGGACCCUUGUUUUUGUUUGGACAAACCCUGGUUACUACAGGAGAAGAAGGCCAAAACUUUUCUCUGUCCUUUUACUUUCUCUUAUCUCUUGUAGCUUCAUAUUGGGUCCUCACUUCUUUAGCUCUUCUUCUGCUAUAUCUCAUCUCUAUUCGUUUGGUGUACGAAAUGUAGGCCUUGUUGGUGAUAUGGAUGUAAAUGCUCCUCUUUGUUCUUCAAUCUCUAAUGGUACAAUUUGCUGUGACAGAAGCCAUUUUCGUUCGGAUAUUUGUUUUAUGAAGGGUGACGUAAGAACACACUCUCCCUCCUCUUCAAUAUUCCUUUAUUCAUCAAAACAAGGCAAUGGUUUCUUUAAUUAUGUUUCAAGUAUUGAUGAUGAUGGAGAAGAAGGGGAAGAUGAUGAACUUCAACAUGAAAAGAUCAAACCUUAUACCCGAAAAUGGGAAAGGAGUGUGAUGGACACCAUUGGUGAAUUGGAGCUUAUCACAAAGAGAGGAAAUUUGGGUGUUCACCAUCUUUGUGAUGUGAUUCAUAAUGUUCCAGCAGUAGUCUUCUCAACUGGAGGCUAUACCGGAAACGUUUAUCAUGAGUUUAAUGAUGGGAUUAUGCCUUUGUACAUCACUUCGCAGCAUUUUAACAAGAAUGUUGUGUUUGUGAUUCUUGAAUAUCAUAACUGGUGGGUUACGAAGUAUGGUGACAUCCUUUCACAUCUCUCGGAUUAUCCAACAAUAGACUUUAGCGGAGACAAUCGAACCCAUUGCUUCACUGAGGCAAUUGUUGGUCUGAGGAUCCAUGAUGAGCUCACUGUGGACUCUUCAUUGAUGAAAAGCAGCAAGAGUAUUGUUGAUUUUCGAAAUCUUCUUGACAGAGCUUACUGGCCUAGAAUUAGAGAUUUGAUUCAGGAUGAGGAACGAGAAGCACAAGAGAAGAAAGUCUCUUUACGCCCAACAUCAGGGUCUGUAUUAGAUAUUGGAAAGAGGGUGCCAUAUGAAGCAAAGAGACCAAAGUUGGUUAUCUUAUCUCGAAAUGGUUCUAGAGCUAUAACUAAUGAGAACAUUUUGGUGAAAGCAGCGGAGGAAAUUGGGUUUCUGGUUCUUGUUAUGAGGCCUGAACGAACAACAGAAUUAGCAAAGAUUUACAGGGUACUUAAUUCAAGUGAUGUCAUGAUUGGUGUACAUGGUGCUGCCAUGACUCAUUUUCUGUUCAUGAUGCCUGGCUCUGUUUUUAUUCAAGUUAUUCCCCUUGGAACAGACUGGGCAGCUGAGACAUAUUAUGGGGAACCUGCAAGGAAGCUUGGGUUGAAGUAUAUUGGCUACAAAGUCAUGCUUAGAGAGAGCUCAUUGUUUGAUGAAUAUGACAAAGAUGAUCCUGUCCUGAGAAAUCCUUCGAAUUUGACCAAAAAAGGAUGGCAAUACACUAAGAAGAUCUAUCUUGAGGGUCAAACUGUGAGAUUAGAUCUCGUAAGAUUUCGGAAGCGGCUGGUUCAUGCUUAUGACUAUAUCAACAGAAUCAACCGCAAUCACAUCUCCACUCACAGUAAUUUUCUUUAUGGAACAUAAAUGAAAUGUGAUCAUCACUUAUUCUUUGCACUUGAUUAUUAUUUGAUUUACUUGAUUGUUGUAGAUUGGCUAGCACAACAUCAGAAUUUGUAAAUGUUCCUUUGCCGAGAAUUAAUCUUCACAUACUUGUCUGUUCCGUAGAGGUGGCAGCAAAAACCAUAAAAAAAUAACUUCAUUUUGGUAAAUGCUAAUCGGACAUUCAUGAAUUGCGACCUCUCUUUCACUCUGUAAAACUUUUGUGCUUAAAUGUUAUGGCAGUUCUUUCUA